CCACUCUGCUCAGCCCAGAGGAGCAGCCACACAGAAAAAAAAAAAAGAGGUUUAAAUCAACUCAGAGCAGAGGAGGGAGGGAGAGAAGGGGGAGAAAACGCCCUGGAAAUCUGCUUGAUCGUGACAGAAUCCUAACAGACUGCGAAGUUGUGACAGUGUGAAAGUGCUUUUCUUGGGCUGAGGAGAAGGGGAGAGGACACGUUUUCAAGGAUGCUCAAGCUCGUGUGAGGCUUCUCAUGCGCAAAAGCUGCGCACAGAAGUCAAGAAUACAAGAACAAAAGCAUCAAACUGAAACCCUUGGCUUUGCUUGAGCAAUCCAAGGAAAACAAUAAGACAGAGUCUCCAUCACACCAGGGCUGAAAAACAGAGAAGCAAAAACAAGAUGGCUGAAGAGGAGGACACCAGGGAAGUGCUAUUUCCUGACUGGGAGGGUCCAGACAAAACUGGCUUGACCAUUGAACAGACAGGAGGAGAGAUCUAUGUUAAGGAGGUGAAGGGAGAGUCACCUGCAGCACGGUCUGGAAAAGUAUAUGAAGGUGACCAGAUAGUGGGAGCCACUAUCUACUUUGAUAAUAUGAGCUCAGAAGAAACAGCAGAGCUACUGAAGACACUGAACCGACACAAAGUUGGACUGAAACUACAAAACAAAGGAGACAAAUCCCCUUGCUACUCACCGUUGAGCACACCAUGUCGUUCACCAAUAGGCACCCUGACAUGGGAAGGGAAGACCCGUUUUGGAGGUUCCAGUCCAGACAUCAUUCUUAGUGGGGAUGAUGAAGACUAUAAGAGAAUAUACACAAAAAGAUUAAACCAAGGCUGAAGUCUGAAGACCUUGCAGAGGGAGUAGAUGUUCGCACAGAACGGCAUAGCAGCACGAGCAGCGAUGGCAGCACAAUCACUACCGUCACUCGCCGUAUCACUACCUACACAGUGGAUAUGCCGAGUGGCA